UUUAACUGAGAAUGUUGGCAUAGCAGCUCCACAUCAUUUCCUAUAUGCCUGUUAGCACACAUGUUCUUAUUGAAGCUAGGUAGCCCUGUCUGCAGCUGUGAUUUACACCAAAGGGGAUGCAUGCUGACACCUCUGCAUGGGUUCCUGAUGUGAGUCCUGAUGUGAUGCUGACUUCCUGGUCCUCCCUGGCCAACCUGCUGAAUGAUGAGGAUUAUGAGUAUGAGUACUAUGAUGAAUACACACAGGAGGAGGAGGAACCCUUCCAUCAGAUUAUGAGCGUGGGGGAACCUUGGUUCGAACUACCUCCUAUCUACAGAAGUAUCCAGCAAGAAGAUCUGUGCUCCUCCAACCCCUGCAAGAACAACGGCCAGUGUGAGAUGAGAGGAAACAAUUUCACCUGCCACUGCCCCAUGCCCUAUACCGGGGAUACAUGUGAGAAAGUGGAGGACACGUGUGUGGACAACAACUGUGUCAGAGGAGACUGCCUUGUUACAUUAACCAAACCUUACUAUCGGUGCAGCUGCAGCCAUCCCUACAAGCUACCAGACUGCCAGAAAGCUUCUUUACAAUGCAGGCCAAACCCUUGCAAAAAUGGAGGAACCUGUAUACGGCACAGAAUCAGAUCAAAAUUCACCUGCAAGUGCCCUGAACCUUACAAAGGGAGGUUUUGUGAGAUCGGACCGGAUGAUUGUUAUGAAGAGGACUCCUUUUAUUACAGAGGAAGAGUGAACCAAGCAGAGAAUGGCAGGACUUGCCUGCACUGGAAUUCCCACAUGCUCCUGGACUUCUCUAUUAAUGCAUUUAUGGAGGAUGCUGAGUCUUAUGGCAUUGGGGAACAUAACUUCUGCAGAAAUCCUGAUGAGGAUCAAAAGCCCUGGUGCUUCAUUAGAAAAAAUGGCAAAGUGGAAUGGGACUUCUGUGAUGUUUCACUGUGCUCUGGAACAGGUGGGGAGAGCCAACAGCAAGAAAAUGAAAUGUUCGAAACCUGUGGACAACCAGAAGUUCGAAGUGGACUCAAGAGAAUCUAUGGAGGAACUAAGAGUACAGCUGGCAAGCACCCCUGGAUGGUAUCUCUGCAGAGAAAGUUUUCAAGAAGAGAAAAACACUUCUGUGGUGGAGUGCUAAUUCAAUCAUGCUGGGUUCUUACUGCUGCACACUGUGUUGAACACGAAGCAGAAAAUCUCCAAGUGGCCCUUGGAAAGCAAAACCUCAAGAGGAGAGAACAUCAAGAGCAAAUAUUUGAUGUGGAGAAGGUCAUCAUGCAUCACAGAUACAGAACGAAGGAUAAUGUCCCAUACAAUGAUAUUGCAUUACUUAAGUUGAAGCCAAUUGAUGGCCAAUGUGCCACGGAAACAAAGUAUGUGAAAACAGCGUGUCUGCCAGACUUUGAAUUUCCUGUUGGGACUAACUGCUUCAUUUCAGGAUGGGGCGCGACAGAGACAGAUGACCUGUCCCAUCAGCUGUUAGAUGCCCGUGUCAGGCUGAUUUCGCAUAAGCAAUGCAAUGCACCCAGAGCAUAUGAUCAGAGACUGGAUGAAAGCAUGUUUUGUGCAGGAAAUCUUCGGAGACCUGGAACUGAUUCUUGUCAGGGAGAUUCUGGAGGUCCUCUAAUUUGUGUAGAAAGUGGUUCCUAUUAUGUAUAUGGCAUUGUGAGCUGGGGUGAUCAGUGUGGUUUGAAAAACAAGCCAGGAGUUUAUACCCAGGUGACAACAUUUCUGCGUUGGAUUAAAUACAAAAUUCAAUCUGAGUCAUUAUCAGAUCAAUAGGAGACAUUGUUUUCGAAUGGCAAAUGAAUUUCCAAAGCAUCAGGAUUGACUGUGACCUGCUGAGAUCCUUCCGCCCCAACUUGGUCCUGUAAAAUCAAACACAACUACAGCAUGAGGACAGGUGAAAGCAGAAAGCUUAACUCUUAUUCUAUAAAUAUAUUUACUAAUUAAAAAAUUACCUCAACUGGAAACAACGGGACCAAGUCUGAAUUACUGCUCUGUACUGAGAAAAUCUCUGCCAUGGAAUAGUGUGGAUAGCUGACCCAUUCAUGUAAGUUAGAUGAUACACAUAUCCAAGGACAGAAUGUGCUCAGUGUCUAAUUUCUAAUUUGAGUUCUAAAUAAUGAACAAAUUAGCAAACACCUGAGUUGCUGGUGUAUUGUACACCUGUGGAUUUCUCUGGGACCAUCAAGAUCAUCAUCGCAUGAAAGACUUAAGAGUAUACUGCCUCCAGUCCCCACAGCCUGCAUUGCUCAUCCAUAAAGUUUAUUUCCUCAGUAGCUUUACAGAUGGGAAUGUAAAUCAUGGAUAUAUCCUGUUUCUCUUGCAGUGGCUUAUUGUUUGACUUUUUUGCCAAAGUUAAAACUUAAACAAAACAAGUAUUUAAAACACAAAGCUUGUCUUUUACUGUAAUUUAACGUUCCUUAUCUGUAGAGGCUACAAGAUGCCUGUAUGGACUUUCACUCUCUUAUGCAAGGACACUGCAGACUGAGAGCCACCUUGUGGGGGUGAAGGACAAGGAAAACCUUGUAUUUCUUGUAUUUCUUGUAUUUGGGUAUGAACUGGAGUGGAGAAGGCUGGAUCAUUCCCCCUUGCAAAAAGCAUCCCACAGUACACGUUAUGGUGUCAAGAGUCUACAAUGAGACUGUCAAUACAGCUGUCAGUGGAGAUUACAGAGUAACGAAAGGUGUCUUGCUGAAAUUAGGAAAAGAGAGGGGGAGCUGUGCAGAGAGUCCCUUCCACCUGUACUUUUUCUCUCUGUGGGUAUACCAGGACACUUAGAGAUCUGACAAUAUCCAAAGUUAAGGGAAACACAUCCUGUAGUUUAAGUAAAUCCUAUCCUGUGGCACUUCUAGUCCCUACAGGAAUUACUCAGCUAUGACAUAGCUGAAUUCCCUUGUGGGGUUCCUUCAAACUGAAGUCUACAAAGCUUGGGAGGGAAUCGUAUAUAUUCUGUUUAAAAUAAUGGGGAGAACUGUAAUCUC